AUUUUCCAGUUUUGAUCACCACAACUACUCUCCUUCUUCACUUCACACAACAAUUAUGGAAAAGAUUGAACUAACUCAGUUUGAAAGUGGGUCGCGAUUGGAAGCUCUCAUUUUGUAGAAUAUUUGCAGUUCGUGAGCUCUAUCUCCUUCCUUCCAUAUCUUCCAAAUUUCAAAUUUUUGAUAAAGAAGACCCAAAACCUGCCACAGAUCCAUUGUUGACAAGAAUUUCGUCAAAAUGGAAGUUUUGCCCUAUGAUCGUAACAAAGAGUUUAAGACUUUCGAUGAUGCGAAAGCUGGUGUUAAAGGACUGGUUGAUGCUGGAAUUGAAAAGGUUCCACAAAUGUUUAUCAGGACACUUGAUGAGCUAGCACAAGAUUUACCUGUUCAUGAUGAGGGGGUUGAGAUUCCAUUGAUAGACAUAAGUUGCAUGGAUAGCCGACGUGAAGAUAUUGUCGAUGAAAUUAGGCGUGCAUCAAUGACUUGGGGGUUCUUUCAAUUGUCAAAUCACGGAAUCCCUCUCACCGUGACCAAGGAAAUGAUACAAAGUGUUCAUAAAUUUCAUGAACAAGAUAUGGAAGUCAAGAAACAAUUCUACACCAAAGACCAGGGUAAAAAAUUUCAAUGUAACAUGUUUCUUGACUUUUACAAAGGAAAAUCUGCUGAUUGGAGGGAUACCUUUCGAUGUUUAUUUCGAAGUCCUGAACCUGUCAAUCCCCACGAAUUGCCAGACAUUUGCAGGGAUAUUAUGCUCGCGUACGGGAAGUAUAUCAUCGAUCUUGGAGAUGCUCUUACUGAGUUAUUUUCAGAGGCUCUAGGGCUAAGAAAGAACCAUCUCAAAGGCAUGGACUGCAACCAGGAUUUGACCAUUAAUGGUAAUUAUUAUCCAGCAUGCCCUGAACCUGAAGUGACCUUAGGUGCAAAGAAGCAUGCAGACCCAACUUUUUUUACCAUUCUCCUCCAAGAUCAUAUCGGUGGACUGCAAGUUCGUCACCAGAAUUAUUGGGUUAAUGUGAAGCCUAUCCCAGGUGCUUUAAUAGUAAACAUUGGUGAUUUCUUCCAGUUUGUCAGUAAUGACAAGUUUAAGAGUGUGGAGCAUCGCGUACUUGCUAACCCGAUCAAACCAAGAGUGUCAGUUCCAUGUUUCUUCAAACCAAAUAGCACCAAGUUGUAUGGUCCUAUCAAUGAUUUAAUCUCUGAAGAAAAUCCGCGUGUAUACAGAGAUGCUACAUUUACAGAGUAUUUCCUUCAUUUCCGUUCCAUAGGGGUUGGUGGUGAAUCUGCCUUGAACUAUUUCAAGGUGUGAAGCUACAGCAGCGUCAGCCCAAGAUGCAGUAGUUAAACAGCAUGAGGGAAUCUGACUAGUGAGGGUAUUUUCUUAUGAUAAGGAAAGGGUAUUUGCUUUCGAAUUAAUCUAAAUUGUAAUGCACCUUAAGGUCCAUCUGUAUUACUAUACAAUCCAUUUAACCUUGCCCCAAAAAUAUAUGCACAAUGAAAAUUUGACAAAA